CGACGUUCCAUCGGAUUCCGGCAAAGAUCGCCAUCUUUGAAGACGGCUAGUCGGAGCCUUUUUAAUCCUUUGUUCGCAUUUUUAACAUAACCUAAUAUACACUCUCAAAUCUAAUCAUUUGAAACACCAGAUGCACCAGUGUAAGCGAAUGCGCUCCCCAGGUGUCUGGCUUGAUGAGUAUAGCUGGGAGGAGAGAAUGGAGUGUCGCAAGCGAAAGAAACAGUAUUCCCAUAGCAGUGAAAGAGAAAAUAAGUCAAGAAGAACUCAACUUCACCACCGAACCUAUGACGGGCAUUACUUGGAGACCCGUAGUCUAAACCAUAGGCUGGAUUCACGGGAAAGAACCACACAGGAUCACAGUUUUGGCAUGGCCUGUGAGGAAGACAGUCGUGAAGCAACCUGCAAGGACAGAGAGCGUGACUGGCACCACUACAGCAAGUCGUCCGGGCGCAGUGGUCGUAGUGGUCGCAGCGGUCGCAGCAGGCGAAGCAGCCACAGGCACAGAGACCGAGGGCGCAGGCGAAGCCCCUCUCGCCACAGGUCCUCCACGAGGAGGAGCCAACAGCGCAGGAGCAGGAAAAGAUCCAGGAGUGUUAAGGAUGAUGACGAGGGUCACCUCAUCUAUCACAGUGGAGACAUGCUGAGAGCGAGAUAUGAGAUUGUGUGUACUCUAGGAGAAGGUGCCUUUGGGAAGGUCGUCGAAUGCAUUGAUCACUCUAAUGAUGGAGCUCGAGUGGCUCUGAAGAUCAUUAAAAACAUAGACCGCUACCGUGAGGCAGCUAUGUCUGAAGUAGAGGUGCUUGAACAGUUGAAGUCCCUCGAUUUGGAUAAGAGAUAUGCUUGUGUACACAUACUGGACUGGUUUGACUACCACGGGCACGUGUGUAUUGCCUUUGAGCUGCUUGGCCUCAGCACCUACGAUUUCCUCAAGGAAAACAAUUUCCAGCCUUUCCCCAUUGAACACAUCAGGCACAUGGCGUACCAGAUCAUCAGAGCUGUGCAAUUUCUACAUAAAAACAAGCUGACUCACACAGACCUGAAGCCUGAGAAUAUUCUCUUCAUUGAUUCAGACUAUAAUAUGGAGUACAACCCUGACAUGAAACGGGAUGAAAGGACAUUAAAGAACCCAGAUGUGAAGAUUGUGGACUUUGGUAACGCCACAUAUGAGCAUGAGCACCACACCUCUGUGGUGUCGACACGUCACUACCGUGCUCCUGAAGUCAUUUUAGAUCUGGGCUGGGACCAUUCCUGUGAUGUCUGGAGUGUAGGCUGCAUACUCAUUGAGUACUACCUUGGCUCUACUCUCUUCCAGACUCAUGACAGUAAAGAACAUCUCGCUAUGAUGGAGCGAGUCCUGGGCCCCAUCCCAACAAAACUCAUGCAGAAAACAAAGAAGCGGCGCUAUGUCCAUCGGUGCAAGCUUGACUGGGAUCCACACAGCUCUUCUGGGAGAUACGUCAAGAAACACUGCAAACCCCUCAAGAACUACAUGCUGUCUAAGGGCGAAGACCACCACCAGCUGUUUGACCUCAUAGAGAAAAUGAUGGAGUAUGACCCAGCGACGCGCCUCAGUCUGGAGCAGGCCCUGCGACAUCCCUUCUUCUCCUGCUACCGCAAGAGCAGCAGCAGCAGCAGCAAGAGCAGCCGCAGAAGCACCAGCAGCAGCUGCAAAAAAGACUUGAUCCCCUGACCUGUGACCUUGGUCAGGGCCUGGCCGGCACCAUGACAUUUAUCAUGGUGCCAGCCUCUACUUCCUGCCUCUCCAGGAGAGGUCUAGCCUCACUGACUGUAUCAGUCCACUGCUCUGCUCUGUCCUGUCCUACGCCAGUGUGCUUCUGACUCUCACUCAUCAACAACCUCUUGUUAUCAUCUGUGGUCAUUUUUGACGUAAGGAAUUCCCCAAUUGAUUUAUAUUUAUUUGCUAUUGUAAUUUAAUUAAAGUCCAACUGAGUCCAUUGUCUUUUUCUGCAUGGUGAAGUGAGUGAUGGGGAAUGUACCAGAUUGAGAAUACCCCGCAUCAGUCUUACCAGUAGUAAUUUAUUCAGCACUGGAUGUAUAAAAACUAUUGCAGGCAGAAAAUCCUUGUACAUACAAUUUAUUAUUGAUAUUUCACUGACUUUUGCAGUAUUGUGUACAUUUGUUUUCUCAAUAAACGUGAAUAGAUGACA